AUGAUUUCCUUCAAACAUGCAAGUCGAUCUUUGGUUCUGCUAUUACAUCUUUUGCUCUUCGUUAGAGCUGAAGGUGCAGUAUUUACAACUACAUACGAAGACCUGAUCACAACUGCCACCGCAGUUGUUUCUGAGCUAGUUACAACCAACUCAGAGGGUAAAACUACAACUCAGUACAUCGUCGAGUCCCUUAUUGAAGCUGAAGUUACUAGAUCAGGUAUGACAGCCACAACCACUGUUUCUGCGUGUAUUGCUACUGCUAUCGUUACCGCUAUGACUACAACUGAUGAAAGUGGUUCCAGUUAUUGCAUUAACAGCGUCGUUACCACUACGGAAAAUCCAGUUUACACUGUUACUGUUACUUCUGAAGGUAAAACUUACGGUGAAGUCGUUUCUGAGUAUACAUCGACGACUUCAGGUGUUGUUUAUAAGAGCUGGAAAUCACUAUUCACUUCUGAAGCGGCCGAUGACAGUACAUCUACUACUUCGACAGAAGAUAAUCACAUUUAUACCUCAGUUAUUUAUGACUGUACUACCACCAUCACUUCCGGUUCUUGUUCGAUAGCAGAUAUUUCUUCGACGAGUACUACUCAAAGUUCUGCGUCAUCUACGGUCAUGCCAUCAACUGCAAGUGAGUCCACGAGUAUUUCUAUCUCAAGCUCAAGCUCAUCUUGGGUGGUUUCCUCCGUUUCAAGUGGAGCAGAAUAUACCUCCAUUGUGAGUUCUGGUUCUUCUACUACUAGCACUUUGGUAUCUGACCACGACACUACCAACGGCGCUGGCUCUGAAUACACUACUACUCUCAGCUCUGGUUCCUCAACCAUCACUGCUCUGGUAUCUGACUACGACACUACGAACAGUGCUGGCUCCGACUACACCACGUAUACAAUCCUCUCCACGCUUACUGGAUCUGAAUCUACGACUGGCGGCUCUGAAUACACUACUACUCUCAGCUCUGGUUCCUCAACCAUCACUGCUCUGGUAUCUGACUACGACACUACGAACAGUGCUGGAUCUGACUACACCACGUAUACAAUCGUAUCCACGCUUUCUGGAUCUGAAUCUACGACUGGCGGCUCUGAAUACACUACUACUCUCAGCUCUGGUUCCUCAACCAUCACUGCUCUGGUAUCUGACUACGACACUACGAACAGUGCUGGAUCUGACUACACCACGUAUACAAUCGUAUCCACGCUUUCUGGAUCUGAAUCUACGACUGGCGGCUCUGAAUACACUACUACUCUCAGCUCUGGUUCCUCAACCAUCACUGCUCUGGUAUCUGACUACGACACUACGAACAGUGCUGGCUCCGACUACACCACGUAUACAAUCGUAUCCACGCUUUCUGGAUCUGAAUCUACGACUGGCGGCUCUGAAUACACUACUACUCUCAGCUCUGGUUCCUCAACCAUCACUGCUCUGGUAUCUGACUACGACACUACGAACAGUGCUGGAUCUGACUACACCACGUAUACAAUCGUAUCCACGCUUUCUGGAUCUGAAUCUACGACUGGCGGCUCUGAAUACACUACUACUCUAAGCUCUGGUUCCACCACUUAUACUGCCACAGUCUCUGACUACACGACCACUGACUCUGCCGGUUCUACGUACACUACACAAUCUACUAUAAUUACAGAUGACACUCAUGCUGAGUCUAAGUACACCACUACUGUCACUUCUGGUUCCACCACCAGUUGCGCUAUCGAGAGUUCAGUUUUGGUUUCAAGUUACGCUGGAUCGGCUGGUACUUUGGGUGGGAGUUUAUUCAACGCCUGUUUUAAUGUUUUCUUUUUGUUAAUGUUAAUAAUCUAA